AUGGAGGCAGCUGCAGUGCCGUCAGGGUUGGGGCAAAGGAGGGAAGGAAUCGGAGGCGGGGAAGCUCCGUGCUGCGUUUGUACCCAAAGUAGAGCCUGGGACCCAAGUCCAGCUACCAGCAUCCACUUGCUUCUGUCUCCUUGCAGCAAGUUUAAAUUUAACCCAAAGCUGGGCAUUGACAAUCCUGUUCUCUCCUUGGCGGAAGACCGCGACCCCUCUGAUCCCCGGAGCUGGGAGCGGCUGCGGUUCUGUCUGCUGAGCAAAGAGGAAAGCAGGAGUUUUGGCUUCCACCUGCAGCAGGGGCGUGACGGGGCUGGGCACGUGGUGUGCAGGGUGGAGCCAGGUACCUCUGCCCAGCGCCAGGGUCUCCAGGAAGGAGACAGGAUCCUGGGGGUGAACAGUGAUGUUGUGGAGCACGAAGACUAUGUUUCGGUGGUACGCCGCAUCCGGGCCAGCAGUCCUAGGGUGUUGCUGACGGUCUUGGCGCGACAUGUGUAUGAUGUGGUCCGUGCUCAGCAGGUGGACGAUGCCCACCUCUGCCCUACCCUUGGCCCGGGUGUCCGGCCCCGGCUAUGCCACAUAGUGAAAGAUGAGGGUGGCUUUGGCUUCAGUGUCACCCAUGGCUAUCGGGGUCAUUUCUGGUUGGUGCUAAGUACUGGAGGAGCAGCUGAGCGGGCAGGCGUGCCCCCAGGGGCCCGACUGCUGGAAAUGAAUGGUGUCAGUGUGGAGAAGUUCACUUAUAACCAACUCACCAGGAAGCUUUGGCAGAGUGGAGAGCAGGUGACUUUGCUGGUGGCAGGGCCAGAGGUGGAGGAACAGUGUCGCCAGCUGGGAGUGCCCCUGGCUGCACCCCUGGCGGAGGGCUGGGCGCUGCCCACCAAGCCCCGAUGUCUGCACCUAGAGAAAGGACCUCAGGGCUUUGGGUUCCUGCUGCGGGAGGAGAAGGGCCUUGAUGGUCGCCCUGGACAGUUCCUGCGGGAGGUGGACCCAGGACAGCCAGCUGAGAAGGCCGGGAUGCAGGCUGGGGACCGGCUGGUGGCUGUGGCUGGGGAAAGUGUGGAGGGGCUGGGUCACGAGGAGACAGUGUCCAGGAUCCGCGCACAGGGCUCCCGUGUCUCCCUCACUGUUGUCGACCCUGCGGCUGACCGCUUCUUCACUAUGGUUCGCCUGUCCCCACUCCUCUUCUUGAAGAGCACAGAGGUUCCUGCCUCUCCCCAAGACACCUGCUCAGCCUCUCUGUUUGAGACUGGGGACCCACCAAUUGCAGAAACAGCUGAGCCUCCUGGCCCUUUGGGCGACCACAAGUGUAUCCUAUAUCCUGGGCCUGGGGGUGGCUACGGCUUCCGACUCAGCUGUGUGGCCAAUGGGCCUCGUCUCUUUGUCUCCCAGGUGACUCCAGGUAGCUCAGCUGCCCGGGCAGGGCUACAAAUGGGAGAUGUGAUUCUGGAGGUGAAUGGCUAUCCUGUGGGUGGAGAGAAUGACCUGGAAAGGCUUCAGCAGCUGGCCGAGGCUGAGCCACCCCUCUGCCUGAAGCUAGCAGCCAGGUCUCAGCAGGACUGGAAAGCCUGGAUCCCCCCAGGGUCUGCAGAGGACUGGGCUCCGGCCUCAGAGCUGCUGUAAAAGCACCCUGCUUGACAGAGAUCUACCCAGUGGCUUUCCCGUUGUCACUCAUCAGCCUGAGGUGGCAGGAGCAAGAUGUUCUCUCUGAGCCAGAGGCCUGGAGCCCUAGGGACUCAAAUGCCACCCAUCACAGGGUUUUCCAGAGGCUCCCUCCCUUCCCACUGACCUGCCUCUCAAGUCGUGAAGAGGGUGUGCUCAGAGGUCUCAGAAAAGCCCAUGAGGGAGCCUGGGGCCCCAGAGGAUGUCAUCUGGGAGCUUUGGAGAGCUGUGCCCCAAGGUCAAGUUGUGGGCUGCGGGGCUGGCUAGGACUGAAGCCAUCUGGCUCUUGCCCUAUGUAUGACUUCAAGAUCCUUAAAUGUGAUGCAAGAAUUUGGAGACCAGCUACACCUUCCCUCUGUGGGCACCUUAGGACUAUGGGACAAGGAGGGGCCUGGUUCUUG